AAUGGAAAACCUCCACAGAUUUGGUAGAAAAACCGCCGUCGGAUGAGGAGCGCGGGAAGGAUUCAAAAAAGGACAUUGCAAUCUAUAGUUUUGUCAUUUUUUCGGCUGCCAUUUUCCUCUUUGAUCUUAGAAGAAAAUGGCGGCUCUCUUCCACGUUCUCAUGGCUCUACAGUGCACUAUCUCCAUCGUUUUAAGUAAGCCUGUUGAAUUGACUGAAAGUUGGAAAGGCUCACCCAAGAAACAACCGAUCUGGAGAGAUCAACCGAUGGACAUCGGCAAUGAGAUCGACCUUGGCAAGAGAAAUGCAUUCGGAAAUUGCAUGCCACCGGGAUCCGAUGUCCCUGGGUUCCGGUGUGCAACGAGUCAGGAAUGUAUCCCUUUGGGUGAGGUCUGCGAUGGCGUCAAUGAUUGCGACUUCGAUGCCUACGACGAGACGGAUGAUGCAUGUAUGGUAGUCCAAUGCGAAGGAUUCCUCUGUACCGAUGGGUCGUGUCUCCUCGCCGAGUUCGUGUGCGAUGGAUCUUACGAUUGCAGUGAUCGCAUGGAUGAAGAGGAAUGUAGCAUGAAUCAGUGCAGCGCUGAUCGCUUCCAAUGCCGGAGUGGACGGUGUAUCCCAACCUUCUGGCGGUGUGAUAUGCUUGAGGACUGCCAGGGAGGGGAGGACGAGCGAGGAUGCGAUGAACACGUUUGUCCGGGGGACGAAUUUCGCUGUGACACCGGCUCUUGUGUCAUCCGCCUUUGGGUUUGCGACGGUCAGAGUGAUUGUCCCCAUGGCGAAGAUGAGACAGUUGGUUGUAACGUCAUUGUGGACUGUGAUGACGACCAGUUCCAGUGUGGAGACGAUUCGUGUAUACCUAAAAAUUGGGUCUGUGAUGGAGUUGACAACUGUCCCUUAGGUGAAGAUGAAAACCAAGAUUGUUGCAAGAAGAAAGAGUUCCGCUGCCAUACCGGGCAAUGCAUCCCUGAAGAGUGGCGCUGUGACGGACGUAUUCGGGACUGUCCUUCGGGAGAGGACGAGGAGGACUGUGGAUGCGGUCCGAAUGAAUUCCAGUGCGACAGCGGGACGUGCAUUCUGGAUACCAAGUUCUGUGACAAUGUGAUUGACUGUGAUGAUGGUGGGUCCGAUGAAUCAAGAUGUCCAAUCAUUGAUCCUAUACCUGUAUGCAAAGCAGCUGGGACGGUCAAGUGUAUGUAUGGACAGGUGUGUGCUGUAGUAUGCAAUGGCAUCAGAGAGUGUCCAGUGAAUGGUGAAGACGAAGUUGGGUGUCCAGUGACGAACUGUCAGCCUUCAGAGUUUGAAUGCCGAGACGGUCAGUGUUUACCGGCUUCGGAUAUAUGUGACGGAUACCCGCAUUGCUCCGGAGGGGAAGAUGAGAUUGAAUGUCCUCUGACUAACUGCUUAGCAUCCGAGUUUGAAUGCCGAGAUGGUCAGUGUUUACCGGCUUCGGAUAUAUGUGACGGAUACCCGCAUUGCUCCGGAGGGGAAGACGAGAUUGAAUGUCCUCUGACUAACUGCUUAGCAUCGGAGUUUGAAUGCCGAGACGGUCAGUGUUUACCGGCUUCGGAUAUAUGUGACGGAUACCCACAUUGUUCCGAAGGGGACGACGAGAUUGAAUGUCCUCUGACUAACUGCUUAGCAUCCGAGUUUGAAUGCCGAGAUGGUCAGUGUUUACCGGCUUCGGAUAUAUGUGACGGAUACCCGCAUUGUUCCGAAGGGGACGACGAGAUUGAAUGUCCUCUGACUAACUGCUUAGCAUCCGAGUUUGAAUGCCGAGAUGGUCAGUGUUUACCGGCUUCGGAUAUAUGUGACGGAUACCCGCAUUGCUCCGGAGGGGAAGACGAGAUUGAAUGUCCUCUGACUAACUGCUUAGCAUCCGAGUUUGAAUGCCGAGAUGGUCAGUGUUUACCGGCUUCGGAUAUAUGUGACGGAUACCCGCAUUGUUCCGGAGGGGAAGACGAGAUUGAAUGUCCUCUGACUAACUGCUUAGCAUCUGAGUUUGAAUGCCGAGAUGGUCAGUGUUUACCGGCUUCGAAUAUAUGUGACGGAUACCCGCAUUGUUCCCAGGGGGAAGAUGAACGCGAUUGUUCGCUACCAAUUGUACCAACUGAAUCUCCGUAUCCUGUAACGAGCCCACUCUCCAUCGUAUGUGGACUGCCAUUGUUUUUUGAGUGCCCGGAUGGUACCUGCAUAUCACGUGACCUCCUCUGUAACGGAAAGUCCGACUGUCCAUAUAGCGAUGCAGAUGAGCAAACUGGUAACUGUCGGAUCGUUUCUACAUGUGAACCUGAUGAGUUUGAGUGUGACGAUGGGAGUUGUAUAUAUUCAGCGCUUGUCUGCAAUGAUCGAGCUAACUGUCCCGAUGAGUCAGAUGAAGCAGUAGAACGAUGCGGAUUUAAUCUGUGUAAUUCUGAAGAUGGUUUCAGAUGUCGAGACGGAUCUUGUAUACCUCUGUACCAAGUGUGUAAUGACGUCAUCGAUUGUCCUGAUGGAGGGGAUGAGGAUGACUGUGCUGCAAUAUAUACUAGACCAGGCAUAUGUCCCGUACAUCCCAACAUCGCAUACGGAGGAAACAAUAUCUGCGUCGACAACUGUUUUCAAGAUACAGACUGCCCCGAACCAAUGAAAUGUUGUCCGGCGCCCUCUGCGUGCGGCCUAACAUGUACCACCGUCUUCCUUCCUUCUAACCCUUUGACAGGUUUGGCAGAGCUGGCAAAUUUUGUUGAGACUCUUCGUGAUGGCCUAGAUAUUAUCAAUAAUGAAGUUGCAAUCCUGACAGACGAUGUGGAUGAUAUAGAAACACGACUGAAGAGCCUUGAGACAGAUACGCGUCUACUGAGACAGGAUGUGGAUAUCCUCAAGCAACAGGCAACAGCGGGUGACAGACCACAAGCACCAGUUUAUCCUGCACCAUAUGAAUCGGAGCCUACCACACCGAAAGUGGUAGAUAGCUAUGUCAAACCUUACCAGCCGCAAGAUGUUCAGCCUUACAAACCAGAAGACGUGCAACCGUAUGAACCAGUAACCAAACGACCUAACGAACCGGAAGAACCUUACGAGUCUUAUAAACCAGAAGAACCGCAAUAUGUUCAACCUUCUGAACCACAAUAUGUCAGACCUUACACACCAGAAAACGUUAUAACCUAUGAACAAGAAACACCCUUGUCUUAUAAACCACAAGACGAACCAGAAACCGUCCGACCUUACAUCCCGCCACAAGACGUUAAACCAUACGAGCCAGAAACCGUUCGUCCUUAUGAACCAGAAGAUAUCCAACCCUACGAAACAGAAACAGCCCAACCUUAUGAACCACCACAAGAUGACCAACCCUACAAACCACCUCAAGAUAUUAGACCUUUCGAACCACCACAAGAUGUUAGACCUUACGAACCACCUCAAGAUGUUAGGCCUUACGAACCGCCACAGGAUACAAGACCUUACGAACCACCUCAGGAUACAAGACCAUACGAACCUCCACAGGAUACGAGACCUUACGAGCCGCCGCAAGAUAAUAGACCUUACGAACCACCUCAAGAUGUUAGACCUUACGAACCACCUCAAGAUGUUAGGCCUUACGAACCGCCUCAGGAUACAAGACCUUACGAACCACCUCAGGAUACAAGACCAUACGAACCUCCACAGGAUACGAGACCUUACGAGCCGCCGCAAGAUAAUAGACCUUACGAACCACCUCAAGAUGUUAGACCUUACGAACCUCCACAGGAUACAAGACCUUACGAGCCGCCACAGGAUACAAGACCUUACGAGCCGCCGCAAGAUAAUAGACCUUACGAACCACCUCAAGAUGUUAGACCUUACGAACCACCUCAAGAUGUUAGACCUUACGAACCUCCACAGGAUACAAGACCUUACGAGCCGCCACAGGAUACAAGACCUUACGAGCCGCCGCAAGAUAAUAGACCUUACGAACCACCUCAAGAUGUUAGACCUUACGAACCACCUCAAGAUGUUAGACCUUACGAACCUCCACAGGAUACAAGACCUUACGAGCCGCCACAGGAUACAAGACCUUACGAGCCGCCGCAAGAUAAUAGACCUUACGAACCACCUCAAGAUGUUAGACCCUACGAACCACCUCAAGAUGUUAGACCUUACGAACCGCCAGAGGAUACAAGACCUUACCAACCACCUCAGGAUACAAGACCAUACGAACCUCCACAGGAUACAAGACCAUACGAACCACCUCAGGAUACAAGACCAUACGAGCCACCGCAAGAUACUAGACCUUACGUACCACCUCAAGAUACAAGACCAUACGAACCUCCACAGGAUACAAGACCUUACGAGCCGCCGCAAGAUAAUCGACCUUACGAACCACCUCAAGAUGUUAGACCUUACGAACCACCUCAAGAUGUUAGACCUUACGAACCACCUCAAGAUGUUAGACCUUACGAACCACCUCAAGAUGUUAGACCUUACGAACCACCUCAAGAUGUAAGACCUUACCAACCACCUCAGGAUACUAGACCAUACGAACCUCCACAGGAUACAAGACCUUACGUGCCGCCGCAAGAUAAUAGACCUUACGAACCACCUCAAGAUGUUAGACCUUACGAAUCGCCACAAGAUAAUAGACCAUACAAGCCACCUCAAGAUGUUAGACCUUACGAACCACCUCAAGAUGUAAGACCAUAUGAACCGCUACAGGAUACAAGACCUUACGAGCCGCCGCAAGAUAAUCGACCAUACAAGCCACCUCAAGAUGUUAGACCUUACGAACCACCUCAAGAUGUAAGACCAUACGAACCGCCACAGGAUACAAGACCUUACGAGCCGCCACAAGAUACUAGACCAUACAAGCCACCUCAAGAUGUAAGACCUUACCAACCACCUCAGGAUACUAGACCAUACAAGCCACCUCAAGAUGUAAGACCUUACGAACCAUCACAAGAUACUAGACCUUACGAACGGCCACAAGAUCCUAGACCAUACGAACCGUCACAGGAUACAAGACCUUACGAACCGCCACAAGACACGAGACCAUACGAGCCACCUCAAGAUCCAAGACCUUACGAACCGCCGCAAGAUCCUAGACCAUACGAGCCACCUCAAGAUCCAAGACCUUACGAACCGCCGCAAGAUCCUAGACCUUAUGAAACACAAAAUACCAGACCCUACAAACCGCAAGAUGUUAGACCUUGA